AAAUAUAAAUCAUAUGAAAAUGUUGAAGAUAAAAACAUUUCCAUUUUUCAACCAAUACUGUUAGUUGGUAUGAUUUUUAUGUUUUAUAUUUUUUACUUUCGUAUAUUUAAAAGAAGAUAUGAUGUAAAUAAUGAAAAUUAUCGAAGGAAAUUAAAUAAUAAAAAUAUUAGCAGCAAACCCAUUAUUUCCCUAUGCCUAAACGAUAUAGUGUUAAAGAUUAUUGGCAACAACGUACACAUAGUUGAAAGCUCCAUAGAACCAUUUAAUAAAUUGUGCGCAAUUUCAGAACUCUUUGUAAUUGCUCAAAUUUUAAAUGAUGUACAGGAAAAAAACAUAAUUGAUCUUUUUAAAAGAUUGGGCUUGUUUGAUAAAGGCCUGAAAGAACAU